AACUGACCAACCGGAAGUUGUGUUUCUCCCGGCCAGGAGGGAGGAGGGCGAAGAUGGCGGAGGAGAGCAAGAGCAAGAGCGGCCCGGCGGCGGCUCAGGCGGGUCCUGCGGGCGGCGGCGGGGCAGCGAAGCCUUUGACUCCCGAGCAGGUGGUAGCAGGAUUCAACCGCCUCCGUCAGGAGCAGAGAGGUCUCGCUUCAAAGGCAGCUGAGCUGGAAAUGGAACUGAAUGAACACAAGUUGGUCAUUGAAACACUCAGAGAGGUGGACCCGACCAGGAAGUGCUUCCGCAUGGUGGGGGGAGUGUUGGUGGAGCGCACCGUCAAGGAGGUUCUCCCAGCCCUGGAAAACAACAAGGAGCAGAUCAACAAGAUCAUCGAGACCCUGAGCCAGCAGCUGCAGACCAAAGGCCGGGAGCUGAAUGAGUUCCGUGAGAAGCACAACAUUCGUCUGAUGGGUGAAGAAGAGCAGAAGCCAGCUGCCAAAGAGAGCCCGGAGGGGGCAGCUGCCAAAUCCAGUUCAGCAGGAGUCCUGGUCUCUUAAGGAGAAGAGUGGACUAGUAUGGAAGGACUUGACCCCCCCUCCCUCAGCCCACAGUUGCAGCUUUGGAUCUCAGAAAAAAAAAAACCCACCGUUAUCACUAUGGAUGUUAUAGGGUCAUCUUCACUGUGUUUUGUUAAAUAAAUGUUGGUUUGUUGUGAAAUUUAGGCAAGCA